UUUAUCUAUGAUGUCACGUAUUUUGUUGGUGUUAAAACAAUCGUCGCGAUGACGUCAACCUGGCGCACGCUGUCGUCGCUCCAUCGCCGCGGUUGACGUCAUCGUGUGGCCGCGCCGCGUUCGCCAGAGUUGGGGCUGGGGGUUGGUGGCCGAGUUCGCGCCCUGGGUGCUGCCGCGAAUUCUCCCCUCGUCCGCCUCCUCAUCAACGACAUCGCCGCUCGUCGUCAUCGUUGUCGUUAUCAUCGCCGAACGAGACUCACAACGCGUCUCCCACCAUCGCCGCACGAUGCCAGAGAAGCCCCUCAGGAUCCUGGCGUGCGGAGACGUCAACGGCAGGAUCGACACGCUCUACGGCAGAGUGAGAACUGUGCAGAAGAAGAGCGGCGACUUCGACUUGCUGCUGUGCCUGGGGUCUUUCUUUGGAGCAUCGGCCGAAGCGGAGCAAGAAUGGGAGGCCUAUAAGAAUGGGGACAAGAAAGCCCCAAUUCACACGUACAUCCUUGGAGCAAACGACCAAUCCACUGCCAAGUACUUCCCGGAGGUUGAUGGGAUGGAACUGGCUGAAAAUAUCACCUACUUGGGCCGCAAGGGGGUGUUCACGGGCGCUUCUGGCCUGCAGAUGGCCUACCUGAGUGGUGUGGAGGCGGCGGGAGCCCCGGGGGCCGCAGGGCCGUCCCACACGUUCUCGCGCCGCGACGUCGUCUCGCUCACAGAGCCGCUCAUCUCAGACGCCAAGUUCCGCGGCGUCGACAUUCUCCUCACGUCGCCUUGGCCCGCCGGCGUCACCCAGUACGGCAACAAGCCGGAGGACGCGGAGGUGGCAUGCCGCGGCUCGCAAGCCGUGGCCGACCUGUGCCGCUGCCUCAAGCCGCGCUACCACUUCGCCGGCUUGGAGGGGGUGCACUACGAGAGGCUGCCCUUCAGGAAUCACCGAGUGCUACUGGAGGGAGCGCGCCACGUGACGCGCUUCAUCGCGCUGGCACCCGUGGGCAACGCCGCCAAGCGCAAGUACCUGUACGCCUUCACGGUGGCGCCCAUGUGCCAUUUGGAGCCCGCCGAGCUGGUCCGCCAGCCGCCCGAUGUCACCGAGAACCCCUUUGCCAAGGCGACGGCUAAGCAGCAGCAGCGGCAGCAGCAGCAGCAGCAGCGACCUCAGCACCAGCCACCGUCCUCCCAAGCGACGGUGCAGGGCGAGGAAACGGCGCAGCAGUUUUUCUUCGACCUCGCCCGCCCGCCGCCGAGUCACGGGAGGGAUCGCAAGCGGCGGUCCGACGGCCCCGGCGGGGGACACAUGCCCGCCCACGAUGCCAAGCUCCCGCGAAAACCACCUCAGCAGACGGGACCGUGUUGGUUCUGCCUGGCCAGCCCCGAUGUGGAGAAGCACUUGGUUGUUAGUAUCGGCACGCACGUGUACGUGGCGCUCGCCAAGGGCGGCCUGGCGCGGGACCACGUGCUGGUGGCGCCCGUGGCGCACCACGCCAGCACGGUCGACCUGCCCGAGGAGGCGGCCGUCGAAAUGCGCAGCUACCUCGACGCCCUGCGGCGGUUUCACUCGGCGCGGCGCCAGCGCUGCGUCGUCUUCGAGCGCAACUACCGCUCGAUGCACCUGCAGCUGCAGGUGGUGGGCGUCCCGGAGCAGCGGUGCAGCACGGAUGAGAUCAAGGAGGUGUUUGUGCAGCAGGGAGCGGAGAACCAGAUGGAGCUACUGGAGUUGCCCGAGCGGAGUGAACUGAAGCAGAUCGUCGAGCCGGGAACGCCGUACUUCUACGCGGAGUUUGACAACGGGGAGAAAUUGUUCCAGCGCAUCAAGUCCCGCUUCCCGCUGCAGUUCGGAAGGGAGGUGCUGGCCAGUGAAGCCAUCCUGAACAUGCCGGAUCGCGGUGACUGGCGUGCGUGCAAGAGUUCCCGCGAAGAGGAGGAGGGCAUUGCCAAGGAAUUCCGCAAGGAUUUCCAGCCGUUCGACUUCUCUCUCCUGGAGUAGGAAGGGAUGCAGCUCCCGCUGCGACACCCUCGAUUGUACGUGGGGGACGGCAGGAGAGGCGUGGGGAGUGUGGGUGGUAAUAUUCGUGUUCCCGGUUGUUGUUCAGUUGUGCUCGCGAAAAAUCGACAAUUUUUUUUCUCUCCCGCCACCAUGCGGGUCGAAUCAUCGGCUGCUCCAUCGCAAACCUGUUGGAAAGUAAAACGGAUUAACAUUUAAAAAGCAAUAAAAAAAUUAGGUGUCAAUAAAUGUUUUUAUAACCUCAUUGA